UAGUCAAAAUCUCAAAUAUUUUCAAACAAUUGAGAUAGAAGUAAAUAGAAGGGAGACACUAAGAUUACAAGACAUGAAGUUCAUUACAUUUGUAUUCAUCGCCUUCACUAUGUCGUCUUUGGCUCUAACCAAAACAUUGAUUUCGGGGGAAGAAGAGAAAGCAACAUGUGUACUGGCAGAUCUUCUAAUAUGCAAGUCCGCGGUAACAACUGAAAGUCCACCUUCGAAGGAAUGUUGCGCAAAACUGAAAGAACAACAGUCGUGUUUUUGUGAUUACUUAAAAGACCCA